AAACCUUUCCAGAGAGUGAAGGGGGAAAGAGGGGGCGUCUCUGCAUUUCAUUUCAAACACCAUAAAUCGGAGGACGACGACGGUCGCUGUUUGCUGCGGCCGCCGUACUACACACUCAACGCUCUGCAUUGAGAUAUUCCUGUUUUCCAUCAUCAUCUUCUUCGUUUUUCGCGAGCUCAGAAAACUAACCCUAGAAAAAUAGAGAGAGAGUGGGUUCAGAAACCCUAACAAAAAACGUGCGAAGAUGAGGAUUAUGAUCAAGGGCGGUGUUUGGAAGAACACCGAAGAUGAAAUCCUCAAAGCUGCUGUUAUGAAAUAUGGUAAGAAUCAGUGGGCUCGAAUCUCUUCCCUUCUCGUUCGUAAAUCUGCCAAACAGUGCAAAGCUCGUUGGUACGAGUGGCUCGAUCCUUCCAUCAAAAAGACUGAGUGGACUAGAGAAGAGGAUGAGAAACUGCUGCAUCUUGCGAAGCUUAUGCCGACGCAAUGGAGAACAAUUGCUCCGAUUGUUGGCCGUACGCCUUCGCAGUGUCUUGAACGGUAUGAGAAACUGCUUGAUGCUGCUUGUGUGAAGGAUGAUAAUUAUGAGCCGGGUGAUGAUCCGCGGAAACUGCGUCCUGGGGAGAUUGAUCCGAAUCCUGAGUCGAAGCCUGCGCGUCCUGAUCCGGUUGAUAUGGAUGAGGAUGAGAAGGAGAUGCUUUCUGAAGCGCGAGCUCGGUUAGCGAAUACUAAAGGGAAGAAAGCUAAAAGGAAAGCUAGGGAGAAGCAACUCGAGGAAGCUAGGAGGCUUGCUUCUUUGCAGAAGAAGAGAGAACUGAAGGCUGCUGGAAUUGAUAUUAGGCAGCGGAGGAGGAAAAGGAGAGGGAUAGACUAUAAUGCUGAAAUUCCCUUUGAGAAGAGGCCUCCUCCUGGGUUUUUUGAUGUCGCUGAUGAAGAUAGACCUGUGGAACAGCCCAAGUUCCCUACUACAAUUGAAGAGCUUGAGGGAAAAAGAAGGGUUGAUGUUGAAGCACAGCUAAGAAAGCAAGACAUUGCCAAGAAUAAAAUUGCUGAGAGGCAAGAUGCUCCGUCUGCUAUUCUACACGCCAACAAGCUGAAUGACCCUGAAACAGUAAGGAAAAGAUCAAAACUGAUGCUUCCACCACCCCAGAUUUCUGACCAUGAAUUGGAUGAGAUUGCAAAGUUGGGUUAUGCCAGUGACCUUGCAAGCAGUGAGGAACUCACAGAAGGUAGUAGUGCUACGCGUGCUCUUCUAGCUAAUUAUGCACAAACCCCCAGCCAAGGAAUGACACCUUUAAGAACUCCUCAGAGAACACCAGUUGGUAAAGGAGAUGCUAUCAUGAUGGAAGCUGAAAAUCUAGCCAGGUUGAGGGAGUCUCAGACACCAUUGUUAGGAGGAGAUAACCCAGAGUUGCAUCCUUCAGAUUUUUCUGGGGUCACUCCUAAGAAAAAGGAAAUUCUGACUCCAAACCCAAUGCUGACUCCCUCUGCAACUCCUGGAAGUGCAAGCCUUACUCCCAGAAGUGGUAUGACACCAUCAACUUCAAGGGAUGGCUUUUCUGUUGGCAUGACUCCAAAGGGAACCCCGCUUAGGGAUGAGCUACAUAUUAAUGAAGACAUGGAUAUGCAUGAAAGUGCUAAACUUGAGCUACGGAGACAAGCUGAUAUGAGAAGAAGUUUGCGCUCUGGUUUAAGCAGCCUUCCACAGCCAAAAAAUGAGUACCAGAUAGUGAUGCAACCAGUUCCAGAAGAUGUUGAUGAACCUGAGGAGAAGAUUGAAGAGGACAUGUCUGAUAGAAUGGCUAGGGAGAAGGCAGAAGAAGAGGCACGGCAACAGGCAUUACUUAGAAAACGAUCAAAAGUACUUCAAAGGGGACUUCCUAGGCCUCCUGCUGCAUCUUUGGAGCUUAUUAGAAACUCCUUAAUAAGAGCUGAUGGGGACAAGAGUUCAUUUGUUCCACCAACCUCUAUUGAGCAAGCUGAUGAGAUGAUAGGAAAAGAGCUCCUAACUUUAUUGGAUCAUGACAAUGCUAAGUAUCCACUCGAUGAGACAGCGAGUAAGGAGAAGAAAAAAGGAGCCAAGCAUGUAGCAAAUGGGCCUGCUGUCCCUAUGAUAGAAGAUUUUCAGGAUGAUGAAUUGAAAGAUGCUGAUCAUCUGAUAAAGGAUGAAGCUCAGUAUCUCCGUGUGGCAAUGGGGCAUGAAAGUGAUUCCCUUGACGAUUUUGUUGAAGCUCAUACAACUUGCAUUAAUGAUUUAAUGUACUUUGUCACCCGUAAUUCUUAUGGUCUAUCAAGUGUUGCUGGAAACAUGGAAAAGCUAGCUGCCUUGCAGAAUGAAUUUGAGAAUGUGAGAAGCAAGUUGGAGGAUGGUAAGGAGAAGAUGGUGCGCCUCGAGAAGAAGGUGACAGUGCUCACUCAAGGCUACGAGAUGAGGGCAAAAAAAAGUCUUUGGCCGCAAAUUGAGGCCACUUUCAAGCAAAUGGACAUAGCUGCAACAGAAUUUGAGUGUUUUCAAGCUUUGCAAAAGCAGGAGCAAUUAGCAGCAACUCACAGGAUAAACAAUAUUUGGGCUGAAGUACAAAAGCAAAAGGAACUGGAGAAAACCUUACAAAAGAGAUAUGGGGAUAAUAUGGCAGAGUUGGAAAGGAUACAAAAUAUUAUGGACCAGUUCAGGUUACAAGCACAACAGCAAGAAGAAAUUGAAGCACAAAACCAUGCACUCGAGUCCUCUGAAGCCGCAGCUGAUAAAAUUGAUGUGCAGGGUACAGAGAAUCAUGAAGCCGCGCCCCUCUCAGUUGACCAGCAAGUAGACAUUGUGCAAGAUCAGGUUAUUUCUAGCUCCAUAAAUGAUAUGGAUGUGGACUCUUGUAAGGAAGAUAAGGCGCACAACACUGACAUUAAGUUGCCAGAUGUACCUGCUGCAGCGGAUGACAGUGGAAACGUGGCAGAAGGUAAUAACAUUGACAACAGAGAGAUCACACUAGAUAAGAGCGUUGCAGUGGAAAUUGGCAGUAUUCAGGCAAAUGGGAAGGAUAGAGAUGUGGAGAAUCCAGAUGAGGUUGUGAAUGCUGUAGUUGACAAACCGGAUGAGGAUGUGAAGGCUGUAGACCAACCUGAUAGCACAAGAGAAACCACCCUUGAUGAGGGGGAUAACAUACAAGUUGCUGAUGGUAAAAGGGAGGAGGUAAAUUAGUUCGGAGAUUGCAUCUGGAAGUUCUAACAUUGAAGUUUUGGGGCAUCAGAUUGGGGAGUUGUUGCUCAAUCCAAAUUUCGAUGAGUCAUUAUCCAAAUGGAAACUUAGUCCUUCCUUAUGGGGACGGUCAUCAGAAAAAAAUUGCAAUGAUUUAUAUGAUCAGCUGAUAAACACAGAAUGUUGAGAUGGUUCCUGUUUCUGGCAAUUUUGUUAUUGUUAUUAUCACCAAGUGGAUAUUGGCGAUAUGCUCUUUUAGACUUUUACAUGCUUGAUGUAGAGCAUAGGAUUUUGUCAAUGAGUUAGAUUUUAUUGUCCACGCCUCUUAAAACCCUUUAUAUGGAAAACUAUAAAGCUCUUUUCUUUGCCA